UUCAAAACCACAGAUCAAUUUUUUCUCUUCAUUUUUGCGAAAUAAGUUUCUCUUCUUCUGCUAAUUCCUUAUAGUUUCCUAUUCAAACAUUCUCUUUUCUGGGGAAAAUUUACCUAUUUCUGUAGACUUGGGUUUUUUUAGUUCUUUUUGAUAUUUUGAGAGAAAUUCAGUGAACCUGGACAAGAUUCGGGUUUGCUGGUUUUACUGUUUUUUAAAAAAAAAAUGGAAAAGAAUAGUGAACGAUCUGGCGUUCCAAAUCUUCAAAAGGGGAGGUUGUAACUGUGUCUAUCGUGUACUUUCAUUUAAUUCUUAAAUCUUUCUUUAUAUUUUCAUAAAGAAAUAAUCAAAUCACGUGAAAGAUCUUUGGAGGAAAAGGUUAAAAAGACGAGAUCGAAUUUCUUCUUCUUCUUUUCCAGAUACAUAGCUAUGUCGGCGAGAGCUCAUCCCGUGGACGGAGAUGUAAGUCCGGCGACGGACGGUGGAGAUACUCCGACCAAUUCGUCGCCCCAUCGGCAUAAAGUAGGGGUCCCACCGAAGCCAAACAUGUUCCAUGAUUUUAUGUACACUUUCAAAGAAACGUUUUUCCACGAUGAUCCUCUUCGACAUUUUAAGGACCAGCCUAAGUCCAAGCAGUUCAUGCUCGGUCUCCAAUCCGUCUUCCCAGUUUUCGAUUGGGGACGUACCUAUAAUUUCAAGAAGUUUCGUGGCGAUCUCAUUGCCGGUUUAACAAUUGCCAGUCUAUGUAUUCCUCAGGAUAUUGGAUACGCUAAACUCGCGAAUCUGGACCCUAAAUACGGUUUAUAUUCGAGUUUUGUUCCUCCAUUGGUGUAUGCUUGUAUGGGGAGUUCAAGGGAUAUAGCAAUUGGACCCGUUGCUGUGGUAUCUCUGUUGCUAGGUACUUUGCUUCGAGCUGAGGUCGACCCAAACACAAAUCCUGAUGAAUAUCUCCGUCUUGCCUUCACCGCCACGUUUUUUGCCGGCGUCACCGAAGCAGCCCUCGGUUUCUUCAGAUUAGGGUUCUUGAUUGAUUUCCUUUCCCACGCGGCUGUGGUUGGAUUCAUGGGUGGUGCAGCCAUUACAAUCGCUCUUCAGCAGCUCAAAGGGUUCCUAGGGAUCAAGAAAUUCACCAAGAAAACUGAUAUCAUCGCUGUUCUAGAUUCCGUCUUCAGCUCAGCUAAUCACGGCUGGAAUUGGCAGACGAUAGUCAUUGGUGCAUCCUUCUUGACCUUCCUUUUAACCUCUAAAUUUAUCGGGAAAAAGAACAAGAAACUGUUUUGGGUUCCAGCAGUUGCGCCACUGAUAUCCGUUAUCAUUUCCACCUUCUUCGUAUACAUAACCCGAGCGGACAAACAAGGAGUUCAAAUCGUGAAACAUCUUGACAAAGGCAUCAACCCUUCCUCUUUUGGUCAAAUAUACUUCUCCGGUGAUUACCUUGCUAAAGGAAUUAAAAUCGGUGUAGUUUCCGGCAUGGUUGCCUUAACAGAAGCUGUAGCAAUUGGAAGAACCUUUGCUGCAAUGAAAGACUACCAAAUCGACGGUAACAAAGAGAUGGUAGCAUUAGGUGUAAUGAACGUUGUUGGAUCGAUGUCUUCUUGCUAUGUAGCCACAGGAUCGUUCUCAAGAUCGGCAGUCAAUUUCAUGGCUGGUUGUCAUACGGCGGUUUCAAACAUCAUAAUGUCAAUCGUCGUUCUCUUGACAUUGCUAUUCCUCACUCCUCUCUUUAAGUACACUCCAAACGCGAUCCUCGCAGCUAUCAUCAUCAACGCUGUGAUUCCUUUGGUCGAUAUCCAAGCUGCGGUUUUGAUCUUCAAAGUCGAUAAGCUCGAUUUUGUUGCUUGUAUGGGAGCUUUCUUUGGCGUCAUCUUUGUCUCCGUUGAGAUUGGACUUCUCAUCGCCGUCUCUAUAUCGUUUGCUAAGAUUCUCUUGCAAGUAACAAGACCUAGAACCGCCAUUCUUGGAAAUAUUCCGAGAACUUCGGUUUACCGGAACAUCCAACAGUAUCCUGAAGCCACUAUGGUUCCAGGGGUUCUUAUGAUUCGUGUUGACUCUGCGAUUUACUUCUCCAACUCAAAUUACGUCAGAGAAAGGAUCCAGAGAUGGUUACUAGAAGAGGAAGAGAAGGUGAAAGCAGCAAGCCUGCCAAGGAUUCAGUUUCUCAUCAUCGAAAUGUCACCUGUUACUGACAUCGAUACAAGCGGUAUCCACGCCUUAGAAGACUUAUACAAGUCUCUCCAGAAAAGAGACAUUCAGCUAAUUCUGGCGAAUCCUGGACCGUUGGUGAUAGGCAAGCUACACUUAUCGCAUUUUGCUGACAUGUUAGGACACGACAACAUCUUUCUCACGGUGGCUGAUGCCGUCGAAUCUUGCUGUCCAAAACUCUCCGACGAGGUCUGAUAAAAUUUACAAGAAAGAAGAUGAAGAUACUGACGAAGAAAAAUAAGAUGCUCUGUGUUUGUGUUGUACAGUGGAGCUCAGAGAGUGGCUUUAGCUUUCAAUUGUGCAUCUUUUGGUUCCUUUUUCUUUAUGUUUUACAAGAAGUCAAGUGUAAAGUUGACCUCUGGGUCCCACCUUAGCAUCUUGUUGUUCUUAUUUUUUGGCUAACCUUGUUGUGUCUAUUUAUGUGAUACGUAAAUAUACUGAAUUUGCUUGCAAUCAA